AUGACAACGAACAGAGACACCAGAGUCGCCCUGAUGGAUUUUGCUGAACACGCAGCCCGGUCACGGGGUUUCGACGGCUUCAGCUAUGGCGAUAUGGCAGAGGCGAUCGGCAUUCGAAAAGCGUCGAUCCACCACCAUUUUCCGACCAAGGCCAAUCUUUCCGAAGCAUUGAUCGAGCGAUAUCAGACCAACCUGCAGCAUCGCCUGGCCGAGAUCGAAGCAACCCACGCCACCGCCGGUGCACGCCUCAAGGCCCUGAUUGCCCUGUACCGAGCAGCCCUGGAUGAUGGCCGCACCGUUUGUCUGUGCGUUGCCUUUUCAACCAGCCGGGAAAGCUUGUCUGAAGUGGUCAUCGCCAAAGUCAGCGCCGUCCGCGCAAUGAUCCUGCAAUGGAUCACUGCGACGUUCGAACUCGGCCAAAGGGACGGGUCCAUAUCGGCAAUCCUUGAUCCGGCAUACGAGGCGCCCGCGACCCUGGCCAUGCUGGAAGGUGCCCAUCUCGCAGCGCGUACUGAAGAGGACCUUGUUGCGUUUGACGUCGCAACCCGACUGCUGAACGCCCGUUGUCAGUAG